CACCGCCCGCGCCCAAUAUUACUCUAAAUCCGCAUCGGCGUUUGUCAGUAAUAACUCAGUAAUAAGUCACUCGUCGAUUACCGCUCAGUAAUCCUCGCGGCCCCGCGGCGCCGCUCCUCGCGGGCCCCGGCGCCAUGCUCUACCUGGUGGGCCUCGGGCUGGGCGACGCGCAGGACAUCUCGGUGAAGGGGCUGCAGGCCGUCCGCCGGUGCAGCCGCGUCUACCUGGAGGCCUACACCUCGAUGCUCACCGUGGGCAAGGAAGCGCUGGAAGAAUUUUAUGGCUGUGAAGUCAUCAUUGCAGAAAGAGAGAUUGUUGAACAAGAGACUGAUGAUAUUUUACGGGAAGCUGCCGUUGCUGAUGUUGCCUUUCUUGUGGUGGGAGAUCCAUUUGGGGCGACAACUCACUCUGAUCUGGUUCUACGAGCAGUGAAGGCAGGAAUCCAGUACCACAUCAUUCACAACGCCUCCAUUCUGAAUGCAGUUGGAUGCUGCGGCCUUCAGCUCUACAAUUAUGGAGAAACUGUGUCAAUCGUGUUCUGGACAGAGACCUGGAAACCAGAGAGCUUCUACGACAAGAUUGAAAGGAACCGGCGGACAGGAGUUCACACUCUGUGCUUACUUGACCUCAAAGUGAAGGAGCAGUCGCUAGAAAAUCUAAUGAGGGGCAGGAAGAUCUACGAGCCUCCGAGGUAUAUGUCUGUCAUGCAGGCUGCAGAGCAGCUGCUGCACAUCAUUGACAAUCGGAGAAAACGGGAGGAAGAGCUGGCCAUGACCGAAGACACCAUCUGCGUGGGGCUGGCCAGAGUGGGGGCGAAGGACCAGAAGAUUGCAGCAGGAACCCUGAGGCAGCUGGCUGGCCAGGAUUUGGGAGAUCCGCUCCAUUCACUGAUCAUUACAGGGCGUAUGCACCCCGUGGAGAUAGACAUGCUCAAACUGUUUGCAGUGGACGAUUCCAGUUUUGAUAAACUAAUAAUAGUGGACGGCUCGAGCUACUUCUCCUAGCAGCCAAAAUAAAGUACACCUAAACUGCA